AUGAAGAUCACCAUGUUCUUUACCGCUUUGUCCGUCUCCAGUGCAGUGUUUGCCGCGCCUGCUGCAGCCGAUGCCAAGGCCGCCGCCGCUAAGGACGCUAAAAACGUCAAGGCGUUCUACCCUGACUUCCCCGGCUACCCUGCUCCUGGACCUUACUAUCCGAGCCCUUACUUCUUCGACGGCGGGUACCCGCCGGUCUAUUACACUUACCAGUACCCGACUUACACCUACCAAUACACCUACCCAAUCACAACCACAUCUGCUCAAACCCAGGCCCCUGCUGCCCCAGCUACUCAGGCCCCCGCUGCUCCAGCUACCCAAGCCCCCGCUGCCUCAGCCCAGAACUAA